AUGGAAAAAUCAUCGGAAAACCAAAAAAAACUUUCUAUAUAUAAUGAAAUAGAGGAUGCGCCGGUAUUGGUUGAAGUUACUCCAUUGGUCUUGCAAUUAAAAAUCGAGAAAGGUCGGAAACAAUUUGAGAAAACGGUUAGAAAUAUAUCGACAAAAAUUGAAGAAGUAGUGGAUAAAUGGAUUGGUAUUGAAAAUAAAAUAGAAAGUGUUGCAAAAGAAAUAGCACCAUCAAAUAAAGAGAUUUCGUCUGGAGGAAUAUAUGUAAUAGUUUCUGGAAUGGCUGGAUUGAUUUUAACACGAAAAUGUACUUUUCCUAUACGAUUUGUGACUCCUGUAAUUACAUCAUUUGCUGCAUCUACAUAUUUUUUUCCUGAAACACAUCAAAAUAUUAGAAAUAUGGCUUGGAGAUAUUACCAAGCUCGGUUCAAAUCUUGA